UCCCCCAACACUCACAACCACUACAAACCUGCUGCACCAACUGCUCCGUCUCCACCACCUCUACCUCUAGCUCGCCCUUACUCCUUUCCUUUUCCACGCCCUCGCCAACAAUCCAAGCUACACUAGUACCUAACCAAGUGCAGAGAGGAGGAUGCCGAGGCCAUGGAGACCGGUGCUGGCGUCGGCAACCAAGUGCUGCAGCUCCGAGGACGCCGUGGUGGCCGGGGACGGGCUCACGCGCUGCCGCCCGGCACGCUCCGAGUUCUCGCGCCGUCUCGCCUCCUUCCGCCGCCUUUCCUCCAUGACCAACAGCCCCGCCACGCCCAGGGACGGCAAGGACGACGAGGCCGCGGGGGAGAUGGGCGUGGGCCCCAUGCAGCUGCACUCCUUCAGCCUCAACGAGCUCCGCAGCGUCACGCACGACUUCUCCAGCGGCUACCUACUCGGGGAGGGCGGAUUCGGCACCGUCCACAAGGGCUUCGUCGACGCCGGCAUGCGGCCCGGCCUUGAGCCCCAGCCCGUCGCCGUCAAGCAGCUCGACAUCGCCGGCCACCAGGGCCACAGGGAGUGGCUGGCCGAGGUGAUCUUCCUUGGGCAGUUCCGGGACCAGCACCUGGUGAAGCUACUUGGGUACUGCUGCGAGGACGAGGAGCGCCUCCUCGUCUACGAGUUCAUGCCGCGCGGCAGCCUCGAGAACCACCUCUUCAAAAGGAUAUCCGCGACGCUACCGUGGGGCACCAGGCUCAAGGUCGCCAUCGGCGCCGCCAAGGGCCUCGCCUUCCUCCAUGGCGCCAAACAGCCCGUCAUCUACCGGGAUUUCAAGGCGUCCAACAUCCUCCUCGACUCGGAAUUCACGGCGAAGCUGUCAGACUUCGGACUGGCCAAGAUGGGCCCCGAGGGGGAGGACACGCACGUCACCACCCGCGUGAUGGGCACCCACGGCUACGCGGCGCCCGAGUACGUGCAGACGGGCCACCUCACAAUGAAGAGCGACGUGUACAGCUUCGGUGUGGUGCUGCUGGAGCUCCUCACGGGCCGCCGGGCCAUGGAGCACGUCCGCGGCCGGAGCGCGCACGCUGAGCAGACCAUCAAGCUCGUGGAGUGGACCCGGCCCUACCUCGCCAGCAGCCGCCGCCUCCGCUGCAUCAUGGACCCUAAGCUGGCGGGGCACUACUCCGUCAAAGGCACACGCGCGGUGGCGCACCUGGCGGUGCAGUGCACCAGCGCGCAGCCCCGGGACAGGCCAAGCAUGGCCGCCGUGGUCGAGGCGCUCGAGCGGCUGGAGGGGCUCAAGGACAUGGCCGUCAGCAUCGGGCUUUGGCCCACCGCGCCCGUGGCCGGGAGGAACGCGCUCUCCGCCAAAUUUCGGGCCGAGAUGAAGGGUGCCGGCACCGGCAACGGCGCCGUCUUGAGGCGCAGAAGCGCGUCCGCCAAGCUGCCGUGAUCGGCUUGCCACGUCCACCUACCUGCCACGAUGUAACACCCCGCAUGUAACUUGCCAUAUUUGUAACUCCGACUCUUGCCAUUUUCGGCUAUGUGAUAUGUUUUUCCCUC